AUGAAACAUACCAAGCAUAAUAUUAUGCUAGUGCUUAUUUUUCUUCUGCUCAUUUGCAAAUUUGAGUAUUGUUACUCAAAUGAUGCUAGGUGCGUUGAAGGGGAACAAAUUGCUCUUCUCCAAUUCAAGGAAAGCUUAAUUGAUACAUCAAACCGUCUCUUUUCAUGGAGCGGUCCUGAUUGUUGUGAAUGGGAGGGGAUUUCUUGUAGCUCAACAACUGGCCAUGUCCUAAAGCUUGAUUUGCACAACCCAACUACACCUACACGCGAUGAUAUUGACAACUAUUACUAUGGUUUGCCAUCAAACUAUAUCAACAAUUGCUUGGGAGGUGAGAUCAAUCAUUCUCUUAUCAACUUAACACAUUUGAAUUACCUUGAUCUAAGCCUCAACAAUUUUUCUAAGAUCCGAAUUCCUGAAUUUUUUGGAUCUUUCAAAAACUUGAGGUAUCUUAACUUCUCAAGCUCUGGUUUUGUGGGAAAUAUUCCCACUCAUCUUGGAAAUCUUUCAAGCUUAGAGUAUCUCCACCUUGGAGAAGCUUUGGAUGGAGUUAUAUAUAAUCAUUUGGCUACAAACUUGGACUGGAUUGCUAGCCUUUCUUCCCUAAAAAGCCUUGACAUGCCUUGGAUUUCAAUUCGGCAUAGUAAAGAUUGGUUACGCACAAUCAACAAGCUUGUGUCUUUAUCUUCUUUAAACUUGGCUGAUUGUCACCUCAACACAACUAGUCCUCUUUUACAUGUUAACUCCACCUCUCUCAUCUCCCUUGAUCUCAGUUGGAAUAGUUUAGAUUCUGCAAUCCUUCCAUGGUUGUCUAAUCUCACAAGACUAGAGAAUUUGAAUCUAGGCUUCAACUCUCUUAAUUCUAGCAUGCUAGAAAUCUUUGAGCCCUUAGCCCCUCUAAAGGUCCUUGACCUUUUUGGAAAUGCCUUUACAGGCACACUGGUUCCGUUGUGUAAGUUGCACAAUUUGGUUUUCAUGGAUCUUAAUUCUAACAAUUUUCAAGGUUCAAUCCCUAAUUGUCUUGGAAACUUGACUUCUUUAACCUCUCUUAGUUUAAGUGGUAAUAGGUUUACAAGUUCGAUUCCCAAUUCUCUUGGAAACUUGACUUCUUUAACCUCUCUUAGUUUAAGUGCUAAUAGCUUUACAGGUUCAAUUCCCAGUUGUCUUGGAAACUUGACUUCUUUAACCUCUCUUGAUUUAAGUGCUAAUAUGUUAGCAGGUUCAAUUCCCAGUUGUCUUGGAAACUUGACUUCUUUAACCUCUCUUGAUUUGAGUGAUCUUGGAAACUUGACUUCUUUAACCUCUCUUGAUUUGAGUGAGAAUAUCUUCACUGGUUCAAUUCCAAAUACCAUUGGUAGUCUUUGUAGAUUGCAAGUGCUUGAUUUCUCGAUGAAUAAAUUGACAGACUCCAUUGCAGUUCUUCCUGAUUGCCUAUUAGAUAGUUUGAAAGAAUUGUUCUUAGAUUCUAACAAUUUCAGUGGUCAACUUCCAAACCAGUUGUACAAGUAUAAGAAUUUCAGUGGUCAACUUCCAAACCAGUUGUACAAGUAUAAGAAUCUGGAAAUCCUUUCUGUGUCUUCAAACUCCUUCGCUGGUCCAAUAAUUGAGUCAGUUGGAAAUUUGUCAAUGUUGCUGGAGCUGGAUAUUAGUAACAAUAAGUUUAGUGGUAGUGUUCCCUCUAGUCUUGGUGAACUUUCAAAUCUUGAAGAGUUACAUAUUUCUGAUAAUUCAUUCAUAGGUGUCCUCUCUGAAUUCCACUUUUCAAAACUCAGUAAGCUUGACAUUUUGGACAUAUCUAGUAAUUUGUUUGUUUGGAAUGUAAGCUCCACCUGGGUUCCUCCUUUCCAACUCUAUGUCGGAUUCCAUCAAAAGUGCAAUGCAUUAGAUCUCUCUGAAAAUCAAAUAAGUGGAGAGCUUCCCUUGAAACCACAUGUUGAAGGUUACAUGGAGAUGGAAAACCUUUAUCUUUCAACCAAUAAUUUGACUGGUCGCAUCCCCAAGUGGCUAUGUAGUUUAAAAUAUUUAGAGAUUCUUGCUCUAUCUACAAAUAAGUUAUAUGGAGAAAUACCUCCAUGCUUAGAAAAACUACAAAACUUGACAAAUAAUGAACUCGAAGGGAAACUCCCGGGAAGCAUGCAGAAUUUAACAAGCCUGAUAAUCUUGGAUUUGAGUGAAAAUAAAUUUAUGGAUGUUAUCCCUACAUGGAUUGGGGAAAAAUUAUUGAGUUUGAAAUAUCUUGUCUUUUAUAGAAAUAAGUUCUAUGGGGAUAUUCCAUUGCAACUAUGUCAACUGCAUGAUCUUCAAUUGUUAAAUUUGGCAAAUAACAACAUAUCAGGAUAUAUCCCACAGUGUUUUGAAAACUUUACUGCAAUGGCUAUUGAUGGCAAUGAGACAGAUAUUUGGUACACCGCAUAUCCUGGUAAAAGGUAUGAAGAUGAAAUUGAUGAAGUCAUAAAAGGAUUAACAUUGCAGUACACUAAAAAUCUUCGAUUCCUAAGAUCUAUAGAUCUUUCAGGGAACCAUAUUGAUGGAAAGAUCCCGGUUGAGAUAAUGAGUUUGCAUGCAUUGCAGAACUUGAAUGUUUCUAGAAAUAAUCUGAGUGGAACAAUCCCUAAGACAAUUGGAAGUCAACUUCAGACCCUCAAUGAUCCAUCCAUUUACAUGGGCAACGAAGGAUUUUGUGGUGAUCCUCUUUCAAAGAGUUGCCCCAGUGAUGUACCAUCUUUUGUUAAUCAAUCUACAAAAACCAAUAGUGAUGAUGAUCAUGAGUUUUUCAUGUGGUUCUAUGCUGACAUGGGGCCUGGUUUCUUUGUUGGAUUCAUUGGAGUAUUAAGCAUUCUACUCGGAUGCGAAGACCCGGGAGUCGGCGCGGCGGUCGCGGAUGAGGAAGCAGCAACACCUGGACAAGCUGAUGGCGCAGGCGCCGGCGUUGAAGAAGGAGAACGCUCAAGGUCUGAGCACAGAGAUGGAAGAUUUGAGAAGGAAUUGAAAGGUGUGCUGGAAAGUAAUUCCAUGGUGGGUCUCGCUGCUUCGACGAAAUUGAUGAAAGGUGCUGGAAAUUGA